AUUGUAGGCUUUACCUAAUUGCUUCACUGGUGGUACAACUUGUACUUUCGUAGCGAUUUUAUUUUGUUUUCUAUAAGCUAUAAUCGUAAUAUUGAGAGAUACACUGAUAACCUUUGCCAUCGACGAGACGUUCACGAGGUUGCCGCAAAAUAUUUGAUUCAAUAAUUUGGAGAUAACCCCCGUUGGCAUCAGCAAAAAUCGACCAUUCUAAUAGUGGACGUGAAGCGUACCGGACGUACAAGAACGGUAGUACCGGCUAUUCAACUUGGUGAACCAGCAUCCAAUACAACAUUUAAAGAAUGGCUUCAAUUACAAGAAUCGCACGUUUCGGCCUGCAGCUUAGCAAAGUGGCUACAAAGACCUUGCGUACUACGCCCACACCACAAUGUCAGCAUUGGCGUGCAUUUAAUGUGAGCAGUUUGCUGUUGGCAGAACGUCGUUACACAGAAAAACACGAAUGGGUGUCUGUGGAGGGCACAACAGCAACUGUGGGCAUUUCAGAGUAUGCACAAGAUGCUCUGGGUGAUGUCGUCUUUGCGCAGCUACCAGAUCCCGGCACAGCACUGCAGCAGAGCGAUGAAUGCGGCGCUUUGGAGAGUGUGAAGGCAGCCAGUGAAGUGUACUCCCCUGUGAGUGGCAAAGUAACCGAGAAGAAUGGCGAAGUUGAGGAGACACCCGGUUUAAUCAACAGCAGCUGCUACGAAAAAGGUUGGCUCUUCAAGCUGACUGUGAGUAAUCCUGCCGAAAUUGAGAAGCUGAUGAGCAAGGAACAGUACAAAGAGUUCCUUAAAGCUGCUGAACAUUAGUGUUACCACGUGGUGUUUCAAGCCAGCUAAUUGCCUUAACAAAUGCGAAACAUAUUUUUUUCAUGUUGAACGGUUAAGCGGGGUUUUACUCAACUUGCAUGUAAUUUAUAUGAAUACAUCUUGUAAUAUAUUUAGUUGUAGCUUUAGUUUAUGUAUUGGUUGCUGUACGCCUAAAAUCACAUUUAUUUUAACGCAAGCAUUUAUGUAUUUUUGGCGGGUGGAAUUGAAUAAAAAUAAGUGAAAAUUUGAUAA